AGAACGUCGGAACUUUAUAUACGGAGGCGGUGUAGAGCGCGUCCACGGCUCGUGCGUUUUGCGAAGAGGCAAGGGUGAAUGACUGUAGGACGAUGUUGCGGCCAGGCUGCGAGCUCCGCGCGAAGAUGUUGAGCAUCCUAGGCUUUCUUCUGUUAGUCACCGGGGCGAAUUGUAUGUACGCGUCCAACUCGGCCGUCAUUGAUCUCAGGCCGAAUAAUUUUGAUAACUUAGUGCUCAAUAGCGAUCAUAUCUGGAUGGUUGAGUUUUACGCGCCAUGGUGUGGACACUGCCAACAGCUGAUGCCGGAGUACGACAAAGCCGCCACUGCUCUGAAGGGUGUGGUGAAAGUUGGCGCUGUAAAUGCCGACGAGCACAAGUCCCUCGGAGCUAAGUAUGGUGUGCGUGGCUUUCCCACCAUUAAGAUCUUCGGACUUGACAGCAAGCCAGAGGAUUACACCGGUCAGAGGACUGCAGCUGGUAUCGUUGAUGCUGCACUGAACGCUGCCAGUCAAAAAGUUCGAAGAACCUUAGGCGGUAAGAAAACAGGAGGUGACUCCAAGAGUAAAAGCUCCAAGGACGUGAUAGAGUUGACGGAUGAGAACUUUGAGAAAACCGUCUUGAAUUCGGAGGAUAUGUGGCUGGUCGAGUUUUACGCCCCUUGGUGUGGCCAUUGCAAGAAUCUUGCGCCCGAGUGGGCAACAGCUGCCACGGAACUAAAGGGGAAAGUCAAACUGGGUGCCCUGGAUGCGACCGUGAAUACAUUGAAGGCCAGUCGGUAUAACAUUAAAGGCUACCCUACCAUCAAGUACUUCCCUCCGGGUAAGAAAGACGCUGAUUCGGUGCAAGAAUAUGACGGCGGUCGCACCAGUGACGAUAUUGUCAACUGGGCGCUCGAGAAGUUGUCAGAAAAUAUCCCAGCACCGGAAGUUACACAAAUUACGUCCGAGCAAAGCUUAAAGACCGCUUGCGAAGACAAGCCGAUCUGUGUAGUCUCCGUUCUACCAGAUAUCCUGGAUUGUCAAUCCGACUGCAGAAACACGUAUUUGAAGACAUUAAAUAGCCUCGGUGAUAAGUACAAGAAGAAGAUGUGGGGAUGGGUCUGGUCUGAAGCUGGCGCUCAGCCACACGUCGAGGAGGCAUUAGAGAUCGGAGGUUUCGGUUAUCCAGCGUUAGCAGCAGUCAACAUCAAGAAGAUGAAAUAUUCAUUGCUGAAAGGAAGCUUCUCGUACGACGGAAUAAACGAAUUUCUGAGAGACUUGAGUUACGGCAGAGGUGGCACUGCUCCUUUGAAGGAUGCAUUGCCCCGCGUUCUCAAGACGGAGCCCUGGGACGGCAAGGACGGUGUUCCUCCUCAGGAAGAAGAUGUCGAUCUCAGUGAUGUUAAUUUAGACGAAAAGGACGAACUAUAAUUUUAACCAAGAGCCAAUAUAUACAUACUUUUUUUAAAGCAUUCGCUGCACAAAAUACAGAUCUUUCCCGGCAGAACUGAUAUUAAGGCCGUUAAGUUUCAUUGGCUCGAAAUUUAUUUAUACAAUAUUUCGAAUAUUUAUACUUGUAAAAUUCUAUCGAGUUAUUGAGAAUUUCGCGAUGAAACUUGUGGUUAAACAAAAGCGAAUCAUAUUAUUUUCGGUAAUCUCUAGGAAAACUUAAUAUCAGUAUGUUAAUAUAGUCAUUUGUCGGUCUAUGUGUCGAAAUAGGAGUUCUCAGGUGCAUCCAGUUUCAUAGAAAAAAUAAACAUUUAAGUGACUCUUCCAUCGAAGCCAACUUUAUACAAUUUUAUUACGUUACUCCAGAGAAACUAACGGUACAUUUUCGACCUACAUGUAAUAUAUAAUUUAUAUAUUGUCAUUUAAUUGUUUGUAUCUCUGAAAAGGAUAGACAGUUUGAAGAACGUGUUCCGAUAUCAUAACGCAUUUAUUAGUCCAUUUAUUAGAAAAAAAAAGAAGUUAAAGUUAUGUGUAAAGUCGUAUAGUUUCAUAUUUGUAAUAAAUAUUAUAUAUCGUACAUUUACAUGUAUAUGUUUUUACAAAAGUCUUUUCUUCAUGUGAGUAUUGUGUCACCUUAAUAUAUAUUCUAAUAGCUUUAAGGAAAUUCACCAAUGUACACUUUGCAGGACUAAUUGGUUCUCCCUGUAACGGGACCAAAUUCAGAAAUAAGACGAGAAAUUCAGAAAUAAUAACGAGAAUCAGUCUAUCGUUGUAAUGUGUGUGUGUGUGUGUUAGCGCCCCGUAAUAUUAAGCUUGUUGCCAUCCAGUUAAUCAAAUGUAUCCCUUGUGUAGAGUCUUCCAAAUUGACGUACAUUGUAUAUUAAUUGUAUAAAUUAAUUACACACAUGUGCAAGUGUGCGAAGUUAACGUCGUUUUUAACACAUUUCAUAUGGCGCCCUGUUCUUACAGUUCGCAUAUAUAUAUAUAUAUGAUCGAUAUCAAACUUUUCUCGGUGCAGAAAUGUUUUUUCUGCACUCUGACGUCACAUCAUUCGCCAUCAAAAUAUGCAAUUCCAAGAAAGUGUAUAAAUGAGAUAUAUAUCUCGUGAGCUAUAUGCAAUGUGUUAACAUGUGCAUGUGUUUGAAAUGCA